GAGAGAGAGAGAGAACACGGACUCUUCUUCCUCUGCUUCUCACGUGGCAAGUCUGCAAUUGUUUUCUUCUGACCCACCCCGUGCCUUUAAAAGGCCACCCUCGUCCUCCCCAUGGAGCUGUGUGCAGGUGGAGAGAAAUGGCAUUGGAAGCUGUGGCUUUCCCUCACGACCUCUUUCGCUGUGUCUCCAUGGAGCCUCGUGCCGCUGAGGGAGGAGCAUGAAGCAGUGACUCGGGUGGGCUAAUGGAGGAUGACAAAGGGGCGGUGCAAGAAUGUGAUCCCUCGUGCUCCUCGGCGCAGAACCUCCAUGGAGGAGUGGGGGAGGCCAUGGAGGUGGCGGGGCGGAGGAAGAGGCGUUGCGGGAGGAGCAUCAAGAACAGAGAGGAGGUGGAGAGCCAAAGGAUGGCCCACAUUGCCGUGGAGCGCAACCGCCGGAGGCAAAUGAACGAGUACCUGGCUGUCCUCCGCUCUCUCAUGCCAUCUUUCUACGUCCAAAGGGGUGAUCAAGCUUCGAUUGUCGCUGGCGCAAUCAAUUAUGUCAAAGAACUGGAGCAGCUCCUUCGUUCGAUGGAGGUGGAGAAACGGCUCAAGCGACGAACAGAUGCGGCCGCCGUCGCUUCUGCCUUCGCCGGCUUCUUCAGCUUUCCUCAGUACUCCUCUUUCUUCAGUGGCGGCGGCGGCGGCAAUGGCAACGACGAUAACAGCGGUAAAAGGCACGGUAUCAGCCACUCCGGUGCCUUUUACCGCAACACCGGCGAGAUCGAGAACCAAACGGCCACUGCCAACAUCGAGGUGACGAUGCUGGAGAGCCAUGCAAACCUCAAGCUGCUGUCGAGGCGGCGGCCCCGGCAGCUGCUCAGGCUGGUGGCGGGACUGCAGAGCUUGCGGCUCGUGCCGCUGCACCUCAACGUCACCUCCGUCGAUCGCAUCGUCAUGUACUCCUUCAGUCUCAAGGUGGAAGACGACUGCCGGUGUACAUCAGCGGACGAGAUUGCAGAAGCAAUCCACCGAAUGCUAAUCAGGAUAGAGGAGGAGGCAAAUCUGUAGUCAAUUCCUUUUGAAUGUAAACGUGAUUGCCACUCGUUCUUGUAGCCGACAAGGGUUUUCAUAGCAUUUACUCGAUUCAUAGGGGAUCCGCCAUUGACGAUAUCGGGUGUCACUGAGAACACCCGAUACAAACAAGUCGCAGAUAUGCUUGGAUCCAACAGUGCCACUGGGUCAGCAAGAUCUUGAUAGUAUUGUCCCAAAUCUACUUGCACUCUGCAGAGGGAAUAGGCUGUCAUGCUCAACUGACGUUUGCAUCCAAAUCCAGAUAGAAAUAUUAUUCCUCUGCUGCUUCAGGAUUGAUGUACAGUAGAGAUUUAGUCAAGAUUUUGUCGAAUUAGUACUGGCAAAUUUUUAGCAGAAGUCAUGCUUUUGGUUAUAAAGGUGAAGAAAAGAAGGAUCAUAAGAAGAAAAGUUGAAUUAGGACAGGCAAAUCAGAGCUGAUCUCUGAUUUGGCUUAAAAGAACAUACGGAUUUGCAUAACCAAGUUCAUUAGGUUGAUGAAUGAAUGACCAAUAAUGACUAAAAUCUCUGAAAAUAAUAUUGUGCAAAAUCAUCUGCUCUACAUAAUCAAAAUGAUUUUAGUAUUUCGACUGGAGUAAUUACCAAAACAACUUCAGGUUUCUGUU